CAGCAGGCGAAGAGGAAGAUGGCGGGACGGCUGCCGGCCUGUGUGGGGGACUGUGGCACGGGGUAUACAAAACUAGGCUAUGCUGGAAAUACGGUACCACAGUUUAUCAUCCCUUCCUGUAUUGCUAUUAAGGAGUCAGCAAAAGUGGGUGAUCAAGCUCAAAGGAGAGUGAUGAAAGGUACUGAUGACCCAGACUUCUUCAUUGGUGAUUUAGCAAUAGAAAAACCUACAUAUGCAACGAAGUGGCCAAUCCGCCACGGUAUAGUUGAAGAUUGGGACUUGAUGGAAAGGGUUAUGGAGCAAGUGAUCUUUACAUAUUUAAGGGCGGAACCUGAAGGCCAUUAUUUUCUUUUGACUGAACCUCCACUGAGUACUCCAGAAAACAGGGAAUAUACUGCUGAAAUAAUGUCUGAGUCCUUCAAUGCUCCAGUGUACACUGCUGUACAGGCUGUUCUGGCCUUAGCUGCAUCGUGGACCUCCAGGGAGAACGGACAACGGACGUUGACCAGUACGGUAAUAGACAGUGGAGACGGUGUCACUCAUGUCAUCCCUGUGGCUGAAGGGUAUGUGAUUGGCAGCUGCAUUAAGCACAUUCCAAUCGCAGGACGAGAUAUAACAUAUUUUAUUCAGCAAUUGCUGAGAGACCGAGAAGGAGGAAUUCCUCCAGAGCAAUCCCUGGAAACUGCUAAGGCAGUAAAGGAGCGCUAUAGUUAUGUCUGCCCAGAUUUAGUAAAAGAAUUUAACCAGUAUGAUACAGAUGGAUCAAAGUGGAUUAAACAGUAUACUGGAAUCAACGCUAUCUCAAAGAAAGAAUUUUCCAUUGAUGUUGGAUAUGAGAGAUUCUUGGGACCUGAAAUAUUUUUUCAUCCAGAGUUUGCUAAUCCAGACUUUACUCAGCCUAUCUCAGAAGUUGUAGAUGAAGUAAUUCAGAAUUGUCCUAUUGAUGUCAGACGUCUUCUCUACAAGAAUAUUGUCCUCUCUGGAGGUUCAACCAUGUUCAGGGACUUUGGACGUCGCUUGCAAAGCGAUUUGAAAAGAACUGUAGAUGCCAGGCUGAAAUUAAGUGAGGAAUUGAGUGGUGGUAGAUUGACGCCAAAACCUAUUGACGUACAAGUCAUUACACACCACAGGCAGCGAUAUGCAGUUUGGUUUGGAGGAUCCGUGCUGGCUUCCACACCUGAGUUCUACCAAGUAUGCCACACCAAAAAGGAUUAUGAAGAAAUUGGACCUAGCGUUUGUCGUCACAAUCCAGUGUUUGGAGUCAUGUCGUAAAAUUGGCUUCAUAGUUAUUGGGGGUAGGGAGGUGGGGAAGAAAUAAUCUUUCUGAUUACCUGUUUUGUCUGGAGGAUGGCUGGUUUUGAGGUUGUAAACCUGACUUGAAAUAAUAAGACCAAACAUAAUUAUACAGGAAUAUUUUAAUAAGUAUAUCAACAUGAGAAUAUAGAGGAGAGCCAGAACGAUUAAGUGUUUUUCUUUAGAUUGAAUAUUUGACUCUUACGUGUAACAAAAAGAAGUGGGUUUUAGUUCUUUCUGUGCCCUGCUAUUUUGUAUAUUAUUGAAUUAUCCAAGAUUUGAUGGGAUUUAUCAGUAUGCAGGUAGCUCUAUAAUGCUUGAAUUGUACACUCUGAAGUGUGCAAUGCAAGAGCUAGUUUAUAUUUCAUACUUUUUAUACUUUGAGGAAAAAAAGUCAAAGAAAAACUAGUAUUUGAGGGAAAAAAAGUGACCAAGUAAAGGAUAAAUACAAAAAAUAGCCUGUGAGACUUGGCAUACACACACACUCAUGGGAUUCCAGUUAUUAGGAAGUGCUUCCAUACCCUGUGCCCCCCAAUGGUUUUCUUUGCAAGUGCUUUUGGAACUAAGAAGCUAGUAUCUUGGAUUAACUGAUGCCUGCUAGUGCU